AUGGCAAGUGGCCUGGCUCUGUCCACUGCUAGAGGUGAACACAUUUACGUGGGAAGUGAAAUAAGGGAUUCUCUUUCACUGUUGGAUAUUCUCAAUGCAAAUCAGUUCGAAGGACACUCUUUAGAUCCAGAAGAUGUUGAGCAUAUGGAGGAGACUUUUUACAGAGGUGCCCCUCCUGAAUGGUUAAACUUUCACAUUAGUGAACAGGCAAAGUCAGAUGGCACUGGAACUUCUUUUAUUAAACGAGAUGGAUACGAUACACUUAGACAACAAAUUCAGAACAAAAGAAAACUCCCAGGAAUAUCAACUGUGAAACUGUUCCACCAACCAGGAUGUGGAGGAACCACACUGGCCAUGCAGGUGCUGUGGGACUUGAGGAAGACCUUCAGGUGCGCUGUUUUAACAGGCUCAACCUCAGACAUCACAAAUGUUGCGACAGACGUGGUCCAUCUUUUCACAGCAGGCAGUCGACGCAACCAGAACACUGUGCUGCUGCUACUGAAUGAUGAGCAUAAUCUGGAAAAUCUCCAAGACAGCAUUAUGGAAAAGAUGGCUGAGCAGAAGAUAGUUACCACUAUGCCUGUGGUCAUUUUCCUCACCUGUGUGAGAAAAGAUGCAGUUCUACAGAGUGACCACGUUUUCCUACGAAAAGUACUCUCUGACACAGAGAAACAAAAGUUUAAUGAGAAAAAGGAAGAGCUGAGCAGAAGGUACAAGGAUAGAUGCGGACAGUUUCAUGGCUUUAACAUAAUGCAAACUAAUUUCUCUCAAGCGUACGUUGAACAAGCCUGCACAGUAUUCAGUACAGUACAAAGAUCAAAUAAACCACUGAAGACCCAGCUUGCUACCUUCCUGUCCCUGCUGAAUGCCUAUGUACCAGGAUCAUAUCUCCUUGAGUCUCAGUGCCUGGACUUCCUCCAACAUGAAGACUCCAUCCAUGGACACCUUUCACUGGAGGACAAAAUGACACCCUUUAGUCACCUCAUCAUCACUUUCCGACACAAUGUAAGAUCUGGAAAAAAAGUCUGUAUGGCUCAUCCAAUGAUUGCACAAUGUUGUACUGAACUGAUGGGUGACGCAGGUGUGACCAGAAGCGACACAGCAAGAAACUUCUUGGACUGUCUGUGUAGAGACGAAGUUUCUCCAUGGUUGCUUGGUUUCGUCAAAGACAUGCUGACCAAGAGAGAGAUGAAAGUAGAAGAGAACCCAGUCAAAGGUAAUGAGGUUAAAGAAGAGCGAGAAAGGUUUUCUAGACUGAUUCUCAAUAUUCAAAGGAAAGAGUGCAAAGGCGACAGUUCAUCCGUUUUGAAGAUGGCGACAAAGAUAUUUGUAAAAAAUUCUUUUUUCCCACAAGCACUUGCUCGUUUUUAUUACAUCGAACUAAAAAACUACAACCAGGCAGAAAUAUGGGCAAAAGAAGCUAAGAAAAGAGAUCCCAAAAAUUCAUUUAUUGCUGAUACUCUGGGCCAAGUCUACAAGAACAAACUGAAGAACAAAGAGUUUUCUACCAAACCGAGAGAAAGUUUGAAACUAGCCAAAAAGGCCAUUGAAGCUUUCAAAGAUGAAGAACGACUUGCUGAAAAUGAAUAUCUUGCAGACAUGAAAAAAGAUGGCAAGACCAAAGUCUUGCAUAUUUUUAACACCAGAGGGCAGUUUGGUUGCCUGCAGGUUUGCAAUCUGAUAUAUGACCGACUUGUUGCACAGAACGAAACCUGGAAAAGAGUUCUCACAAACAAUGUGUCCAUGCGCUCAGUCAUUGGAGACAAUGAACUCUACAGAUUUAACCAUCUCAUAAGCAGCCUCAGAGAUGAAGUUGAGAAAAAAUGCAACUUUUUAAAUGGUUAUCUUACUUUCUCAAAGCCUGGCAUGCAAAAAGAUGAUCCAUCAUACAUUCAGAGGGACGUGUCAUCAUGCUACUUGAAGUAUGCUGAGCAUCCACUACCUGACCUGAUUUCAGAUAUCAUGCACAAAUGUGAAGAUAAUGUGGAAGAGAACAUGUCAGCAAGUGAUGAUGACACCCCUGAAUCUCACAUCAUUGCCCUCCUCAAAAAGUGGCCCGAAGACAACAAUAGUUCCCCUGACUUAAUGUUAUUAAUUCGAAAGAUUUACCAUUCCUAUGAGUGUACAUAUGCAAAGUGCCUUCGAUCAAGGUACCUCCGUCCCUUAUUUUACCUUGGUAAAGAUGAGGCUCUGAGCAGAAUUGCUCCUACAAGUGUUAGUGAGUUUUUGCUUGAGAAUGAGGACGCAUUCAUCAACUACAUGAUGAACAACCAUAAGAUGUGUAAAGAUAUGAGUGUCCAAAAGAACCUCCUGGCAUUUGAAGGAGUUGUCCGCAACUACAAACUGUUUGCAACCUUAGGAGGAAAGGAGAUCAUGGUGAAUGCCAACAAACGAGACAGCCUCUGGAUUGAAUGUCAAGUUUCUUUUUACCUUGGAUUCACCAUCAGAGGUCUGGUAGCCUUUGGUAUCCGGACCAAGAACAUCGAACAGGUUUACAUCCACACCAAAUGA